AUGGCGCGACGAAAUGAAUUGCUGGAGAACGUGGAAACCGUUGCUGUCGGCGGCGUGGUCACACAGGGGGUCCUGCUGCUGUGGGAGCAGUACUCUGAGUCAGAGAGCGAACACCACAGUUAUCACGCCCAACGAAGCCUAGCAGGUCUCCUCCUCCUGGCUCUGAGAGUGGCGCUGUCCCUCCUGCUGGCCUCCGUCCUCUACCAGAUCGUCUCCACAGAGAGGAGCACCCUGAAGAGAGACUUCUACCUCUGCUUUGCUAAGGGCUGCUUCCUGUGGUUCCUUUGUCACCCCGUCCUCGUCCUCAUGUCUGUGGUCUUCAACGACCACCAGAGGGAAAAGGUCAUCACCAUCGGCGUGAUCCUCUGUCAGUCCAUCUCCAUGGUGAUCCUCUACCAGCUCUUCCUGUCCCGCUCGCUCUACUGGGAGGUGUCCUCCCUCUCCUCCGUGUCUUUGCCGCUCACCAUGUCCAGAACGAACCACAGGGGGCGCCUAUGAGCACAGAUAGCGAGGUUACGGUGAGAACUGAAGCGUCUCUGUCAGACGCAGCAGGAGAUGUCCCCCUGCACCGUCCUCUGUCCCACGUUAGAGCUACCACUGAGCCGUGGACAGAGGACAGUACUUACUGCAACAUACUACCUCUGACUUCUAACUGGAGCCUCUGGGAUGCAAAAUGCAUGGCCAAGCAUGCAUCGGCUGGCGAGGUAGACGUCAGCAGAAAACCAUGAGGAAGAACUUGAGAGAGUGCAAAAUCACAAGCAAUCACAAUUAGAUUGUUUUUAAAGGCUUUACCUGCAAAUCGCUGAGUCAGCCACAAUUGGGGCAGUCUGCAUGUAGAUAGGCUUCCCCGCAACAGUUUUCAUUCCCCUUUUACCACAAGCUUGAGCUUAUUUUAUUAGCAUUUUAUGUGAUAGACCAACAUGAAUUAAAGUGGAGCGUAACUGUGAAGUGGAAGGA